AUGCCUCCACGAGGAUACCCUAUUCGAAGGACUAUUGUUGAUGAGGAGGAACAUACUCCAAAUGACCCCAUGAAUGAUCAAGUGUCAAUUUUAGAGUUCUCAAGCAUCUUUUCAGAUGCUAUCCCAAGUUGUAUUACUCAAGUGAAUCGAGGGGUGGUAGCUCCUCCAAAUAUGACAACUCCGGCUUUAAGGAGUAAGGAAGAUCAUGCCAAUCAUUUGAGAAUUAUGCUGCAAAUCUUCAAGGACCAUCAGUUCUAUGCAAAGGAUGAAAAGAAGGAACUAGUUCGUGAUGUGUACAGAUUAGCCCAUUUGGGUGUUCGAUUGGUUGAUUCUGAAGGUGGAGGUGUUUUUGUACAAAAUGGUUCUGGGUCAUCCCUUAUGGCAGAUGUAAAAGAAAACAAAUAUAGUGAUACCGCUUUGGCUAAAUUGAAGAAAGUGAUUUCCAAAAAGGCUAUUGAGGCUUUUUCCCAAGAGGGAGAUAGUGUUUUGAGAUAUCAAGUGAAAGUUGAGCAUCUGAAACAGAGAGCUUUGUCUCAAGACAUUGACAUUCCUACUUGGAAGUGGGAAACCUUGAAUAUGGACUUUGCUACUGGUUUGCCUCGUACGCAAAGGCAUCUUGACUCUAUUUGGGUGAUUGUUGACUGA